GCCUCGGGCCAUGGCGGAGCCGCCGCCCGGAGCCGCUGCUCCGCGGGGCCGCGGCCGGGCCUGGGAGCGCGGCGGCUCCGCGCAGGACCGUGAGGACGGCACGGAGCCCUCCGGCCCCGCUAACAACGGUUCGGGCACGGAGCCCUCCGGCCCCGCUAACAACGGUUCGGACACGGAUCCCCCUGGCCCCGCUUUGAACGGUCCGGGCACGGAUGCCCCCGGCCCCAUUCACGACGGUUCGGACACGGAACCCCUCGGUCCCGCUGAGGACGGGCCGGGCACGGAGCCCCCCGGCCAUGCUCACAACGGUUCGGGCACGGAGGCUCUCGGCCCGCAGGAAGACACGGAGCCCCCCAGCCCCGCUGAGGACGGGCCGGGCGCGGAGCUCCCCGGCCCGCAGGAGGACGCGGCCGCCCCGCUGGGGCCGGAGCUGUCGCUGGUGCCGCCGGAGCUCCGCGCGCGGCUGCUGGACCGGCGGGACUACCGGGGCCGUGCCCAGGCCGUGGAGCAGCUGCGGCGGGCGGUGGAGGGCUGUAGCCCCGCCGCGCUGGGCGCCGCGCCCGCCGCCGCCCUUCUGGGGCUGAUCGCGCUGCUGGACGCGCUGCUGCACGACCCCAACUUCGCGGUGGCUCGGGGCGCGCUGGAGGUGACCCGGCUGCUGGCGCUGCGCCUCGGCCGCCGCGUCCCCGCCGUGCUGGCCCCGCUGGUGUGCGCGGCCGCCCGGGCGCUCGGGGACGCGCAGCCGGCCAUGCGGCGGGACAGCGCCCGGCUGCUGCUGCGGCUGAUGGCGGCGGCCGGGCCGCGGCCCGUGCUGCGCCUGCUGCUGCAGGAGCGGCUGCUGCGGCACCGCAGCGCCCGGCUCCGCGAGGAGCUGCUCAACACGUGCAUCGCCGCGCUGCUCGCCUACCCUGCCGCCGAGCUGGACCUACCCCAGCUGGCGGCCGCCCUGGCACCGGCGCUGCUGGACGCCAAGCGCAGGGUCCGGCACGCUGCCAUGGAGGCGUUCGCCGCGCUGGCCUCGGCCCUGGGCCCCGGCAACGCCGGCGCGCUGCUCCGCGCCCUAGACGCGGUGGAGCUGCGGGCCGGCGGCGCGGGGGUGGCGCACGCCGUGCGGGCCCGGCUGGCCAGGAACGUGCUGCCCCGACUGGGCGAGCAGGGACUCGUGGAGUACGGCGUGCCCCUGCCCUGCUCCGGUCGCUGCCGCGGGCCCUGCCCGCCGCCCGGCGCCGACACCGAGUGGCUGCUGAUGGGCGGCAGGAGCCGGAGCGCGCACGGGCACUGCGGGCAGCCCGCCUGCCGCGGUGCGCUGCACGGCACCAACUGUGCCCCGCGGGGACUGAGCCCCAGGAGAGUCCUGAGCGCCGGCAGAGGCAAAAACAAGCUGCCCUGGGAGAACGAGCCGGCUGCGGACAGGGAAGGUGGCUCGGGGGUGAGGAUGCCCGUCGCGAAGGGUAUGGAGCAGUUGGCUGCAGCCAGUGAUUUCCUGCACUCCCCGAAGCUGCAGCCCUCACAGGGCAUCCCAGGCAGUGCUGAGCUGCUUUUCAGCAGGAGCAGAACUUCCAGGACUUUCCUCCAGCCCAGUGUGGAGCUGACCUCUGAGCAGCCUGCCCUUGCUGCUGGUGCCCUGGGCUCUCAGCAGCCCCAGAUUUCAGGGAAGUGUGGGACACUGGGAUGCUCUCGUGGGAAGAGUGGCAGUGUGGGCUCUGAGUUGCAGUUUUUGGGACUGAAUAACUGUCAGCAGGACAAAGUUUGUUCCAGCCUCAGUUUUUCCAGCAAGACCCAGAGAAGUUUUUGCACUCAGGCAGAGCCCACCAUGUCCUUCCAAGGUCCCAGUGCCAACCAGGGCACCUUCAUCCUGCCCUCCUUCCCCCUGUCAUCCCCCAGGAACAGCCCCAAGCACCUCUCUGCUCCUGCUGGCCCUGCAGGGCAGUCCCAGGAGGAUCCCAGGAGCCUCUCCAGCUCCUGGCCUCUCAAGAGCUUCCAGGGGCUGCCUAAGCCUGGUUGCCAGAAGCAGCUGCUCAGCCAAAAGCCAGGAGACAGCACAGGGGACAGCCCGCUGGAGAAGCCCCCCCUGCAGCUGAGGAGCACACUGGGCAGAGCCCAGGGCCUGCGGGGUACCCGGCCUGUGCCCCCCAUCCCACGGCUGCCCAGCCCCCGGGAGCCCCCUGGCAGCAGGGAGGGCACAGAGCUGGCAGCAGGGCUGGCAGAGCUGCACCUGGAGCCCGAGGAGGUGGACCAAGAGGAGAUGCAGAAUUCCCUGCGGUCCCUGCGGAGCAGCGCAGCCAAGAAGAGAGCAAAGCUGAGCAGCAGCAUGGCCGAGCUGGAGAGCCCCGACUCGGCGGUGAAACUGGAAUUUCCCGGGGACUGCCCCUCGCUGGGCUCCUCCCCCGGCACCACCUCCACCGGCGAGAGUGGCAUUUCCAGCCUGGAGUCCCUGGGCUCCCCCGUGGCCACGCUGCCCCCCAGGAGGAGAGUGAUGUCAGACACUUUCCCAGCACUUGGCAGCAAACCCCAUCCUGCAGAAGCACCUCCAGCAAGGCCCAGAGGCACCGAGGGGGCAGAGCCCCCCCCCAGCACAGGUGUUUGUGGGAGCCCUCCUGCCCCAGCUGCCAGCCAGUCCAUGCCCUGUGUGGCCAAUGGGGAUGCCCAGGGUGCCAGGGAGGGAGCAGAGGCAGCCCCAGGGAGAAGCUUCCAGCAGAGCAGCCCUUCCCAUUCCUGUUCCCAUGCAGGGAAGGAAGGAGAGAUAAAAAUGACCUUGUCAAAAUCUGCUCAGGAGAAGCUGAGGAGGAGGAGGAAAGAAGACAAAGAACACAGCCAUAAAGAGCAGCAGGAAGGCAAAGACUUGGAAGGGAAGGAAGAAUUCCCCUGGGAAAGGAUUAGACUGAGUAUGAGUGAACCAGAGAAACUCACAGCAGAAAGUGAGGAUGAGGGGUUUAGUCUCUGUGGGGAUUUACUGACAUCACCAAGAAAUGGAUCUUUGUCCCUAGAAAAUGUGGCCUUGAACCCUUCCCUGAAAAGAACAUCCAGUUUGAAGAGGUCAAAGUGUUCAUCCUUGCUAGACUCUGAGGAGCCGUGCCCGGGGCGGGGCCGCUGCCGGGAGCCGCCGGUGACGCAGAGCCCCGAGGUGCUGGACCCGGCCGAGCUGCUGCCCUUCCCCCGGCCCGAGCCCGCCCUGGCAGAGGCGCUGGCACUGCUGGCUGACCACGACUGGGAGAAGAAAAUUGAAGGUCUGAACUUUGUCAGGUGCUUGUCUGCCUACCAUGCCCCUAUUCUGACUGCAAAGCUCCAUGAAACAACUCUGGCUGUGGCUCAAGAGGUCAAGAAUUUACGCUCAGGUGUUUCUCGAGCUGCUGUGGUCUGUUUAGGGGAUUUGUUCACCCACCUGAAAAAGAGCAUGGAUCAAGAAGUAGAUAAUGCAGUAAAAGUCCUUUUGCACAAAGCUGGGGAAUCCAACACUUUUAUAAGGGAAGAGGUAGACAAGGCACUGAAGGCCAUGGUUAAUAAUGUGACUCCAGCACGUGCACUUUGUUCUCUUAUAAAUGGAGGGCAAAGCCACCUGCACUCGGCCGUGAGGAGAUGCACAGCCCAGCACCUGGGGGACAUCGUGGAGCGCCUGGGCCCCGAGCGCGUCCUGGCCGGAGGCCGGCCCGUGGCCGAGCGGCUGCUGCCCGCCAUCGCCAGGUUUGCCCAGGACAGCUCCCAGCAGACACGGUACUACGGGCGCAGGAUGCUCUUCAGCAUGAUGGCUCAUCCUGACUUGGAUAAAAUCCUGGAGAAGUUUGUGCCACCCAGGGAUUUGCCUUACAUUAAGGAAACUGUUGGCAGCCUACGAGAGAAGGGCCUGGGGGAGAUGCCCUUGGAUACACCCUCAGCCAAAGGAAGGCGUUCCCAGACUGGAAAUGUUGGACAUUUGAGGUCGUCCUCUACUUGCAGAGAUGCUCCCAUCAUCCCAGACAGGGACAACACGGAGAGCCAGGAGGCCCCACGGAGAGCAGCCCCUCGCAGUGCCCUGGAGAGCGAGGAGUACGUCAGGGACAUGGUGGGCUCGCUGAACGCCAAAGAUUUCCGGGAGCGCAUCCGCGGCACGCGGCAGCUGCUGCUGGACACCGAGAGCAGCCCGGCCCUGGUGCUGGCCAACAUCGUCAGGAUCUUUGAUGCUUUCAAGCCUCGCUUGCACGACUCCAACAGCAAAGUGACCCAGGUGGCUUUGGAGGCCAUGCACAAGAUGGUUCCUCUGCUCAAAGACAAUUUGUCACCUGUGAUCAACAUGGUAAUUCCUGCCAUCGUGGACAACAACCUCAACUCCAAAAAUCCAGGGAUUUAUGCAGCUGCCACAAAUGUGAUCCAGGCUCUAUGUCAACACUUAGACACCUCCCUGCUCCUGCAGCCGUUCUGCACAAAAGCCCAGUUCCUGAGUGGAAAAGCAAAGCAGGACCUGACAGAAAAGCUGGCUGGGCCAGGAGCUGGACUCGUGAUCCUUGUGGGCCCCUUCCAGCUCAGGAUAUUCCAUCAUUCUGUGAUUCUAUAUUUACAGUAUAAGGCUGGUUUUUUCUUCAAUGUCUACUGCUUACUUGUGAGAUGGAGGGGAAAUUGGAAAUACCAGACCUUACACCGUGAGAAAUAAAGGUCCUUAUGAGAAUCCUAACUGAAAAACACCCAACCUAAAACCCCCUUUAUUUCUUUGAGGUUUUUUUGCUUAAUGGAGAAGUGUAAUUAUCAGUAGCACUGGUGCUACUGUGUAAACUCCUGGGAGAGGACAAUAAAAGGAGUGGUUGUGGAAAAAUCUGGUAUUUUUUAUGGGAGCUGAUGAUAUUGCAACAGCAAACUUAUGUACAACAGCAGUUUGAGGAGAAGAUUUAAGUGUUUUAAACCCCUCUCAAAGAUGGGGAUCUCAUCAAAAUUGUAAUUUAAAUAAAUAUUUUAUUGCAGAGCUUGUGAUGGAGCUGUCCCCUCUCAAAGACAGGGGUCCCAUUGAAAUUGUAAUUUAAAUGAAUAUUUCAUCCUGACCCUGCUUGCUGCCUUGCAGAGCUGGUGCUGGAUCUGAACCCCUCUCAAAGGUGGGGAUCCCAUAGAAAUUGUAAUUUAAAUUAAUAUUUUCUCCUGGCAGAGUGGGUGGUGGAGCUAUACCCCUCUCAAAGCUGAGGAUCCCAUAGAAAUUGUAAUUUAAAUUAAUAUUUUCUCCUGGCAGAGUGGAUGGUGGAGCUGUACCCCUCUCAAAGCUGAGGAUCCCAUAGAAAUUGUAAUUUAAAUUAUUAUUUUCUCCUGGCAGAGUGGAUGGUGGAGCUGUACCCCUCUCAAAGCUGGGGAUCCCUUUGCAAUUGUAAUUUAAAUGAAUAUUUUCUUGCAGAGGUGGUGCUGGAGCUGUACCCCUCUCCAAGCUGGGGAUCCCUUUGCAAUUGUAAUUUAAAUGAAUAUUCUCUUGCAGAGCGGGUGCCAGAGCUGUACCCCUCUCACCCGCGGGCUCCCAUUGCAAUGGUAACUGCCAUGAGUG